GCCCGCGUCCCAGAGUCUUUGGCACCGAAUUCCGGCGGGUGUGUGAGCCCGGGAGCCGCGGACCCCCGCACCGCCAGGACUCCCCUGCGCGAGGGCGGCAGGGGACGCCGAGCAGCUGCUCGCGAUGAGGAGGGCAGCGGGCCUCGGGCGGAGCGGCCGGGUUCCCCCGGCCUGAGCGCCCACCCGCCGCCGACGCCGCGGGGACGUCCCCGACCACCUGCGCUUCCGGCCAUGAGCUCUCGGUGAGCGCGCGGCGUGGGCAGUCGUGGACCUGACCCUUCCCGAGGUAAUGCCGGCUCAGCUUUGAGUGGCCUGGGAGAGCGAAGAAACCCUAAAAUGGAGGACUUUUCUACCAGGACCUAUGGCACCAGCGGCCUGGACAACAGACCUCUGUUUGGAGAGACGUCGGCCAAGGAUCGAAUCAUCAAUUUAGUUGUUGGCAGCUUAACAUCCUUGUUGAUCCUAGUCACGCUGAUCAGUGCUUUUGUUUUCCCUCAACUACCUCCAAAACCGUUGAAUAUAUUUUUUGCUGUCUGCAUCUCUUUGAGUAGUAUUACUGCCUGCAUACUUAUCUACUGGUAUCGACAAGGAGACUUAGAACCAAAAUUUAGAAAUUUAAUUUACUAUAUCUUAUUUUCUAUCAUCAUGUUAUGUAUAUGUGCGAACCUGUACUUCCAUGACGUGGGGAGGUGAGGCUGCCAAGGAGAAAUACUGACCAGGUCUCUUCAAAGCUAUACGCGAGACUGUGAGAGCUGGGUAAGCUGUGCUGAAGAAUCUCCUGCACAAGUCUGAUACAUGAUUUUCAUGUUAAUUGUAAAUCUUUAAUUCCCUCUUGCAGGGGACACAUAUCCUAGAUUGCUUUGCUUUUUCUUUAAGGAGGUGGUGUUGCACUAAAACAUUCCAACCCUUAAAGCUCAAAUGGCACAAGCAAUUUUCACUUUUGAAAUUGAACAUUUUUAUAAUGUAAGUGCAUGGCGAAAAGCUAUGUAACAAUCUUGCAUUUUAAGACAAAUAUUCUUUUAUUUCUGUUAAACUGAAUAUACAAUUAUUGUUCCCUAGGCAACCAACUUUUCCUUAUAACUACAAUUUCACAUUAACAAAACACAGACGGUGAAAAGACAACUUUGAUUGUGAAGAUCUAAUUACAAUAAUAAAUAAAAUAAUUUAUACAAGG